AUGCCACAAAAUCCUGCCUCGAGCGGCCCCGCGAGCCCCUACCCCGGCUUCCUGCGUCCGGACUGGUUCUGCCCCCGCAACGCCGGACUGCUGCGCGACGCCAUCCGCGCACGCCUGCACCGGCUGAUGGCGGAGCAGGCCACGCAGGGCAGUGACCCAGAGGUGGUGGCGCGGCUGAGGGCCAUGGCGGAGGAGCACGACAGCAGGGAGGCCAGGUACGGUGUGCGCUACCUCGGCCCAGAGCUCUGGCGCGAGCAGCUGCCAGCCACCACCGCCGCCCUCGCCGCCGCCCGCGCCGAUCGCGAGGCCGCCGCCGCCGCGCGCCGCGAGGCGCGGAAGCGCCGCCGCGAGGCGGGGGGCGGAGACGGCGGCAGCGGCUCGGAGGACGGGCGCGGCAGCGGCCCCGGCCGGCCCGGAGGCGCGGCCUCUGACGACAGCUGGCAGCCGCCUUGUGAGGAGGAGGGCCCCAAGCACGGCGGCGGCGGCGCGCUCGGCCUUGCAAGAGGUCGCCGCGGCCGCGGCAACGCCGCUGACGACUCCGACGACGACUGGCGGCCUGACUAUGAGUCGGACGGCGACGAGGCUAUGGCCGCGCGGCUGCAGCGGCGGGAGUGGGCGCGGGGCCAGGAGGCCGGGGCUCGGCGCUCCCAGCGGCAGAAAAAGCCGAGGGGCGGGGGCGCCCAAAGGGAGCAGGGGCAGCAGCGGCAGCAGCAGCAGCAGCAGCAGCAGCAAGGGAGGCAGUCAGUUGACCUUGUGUCCGCCUCCUCCGGCGGCGAGGGUGCCGGCGGCAUGGCGCCGCAGGGGCGGCCGCGGCGCGCAUCGGCCAGCGGCGGCGGCAGCGCUGCGGCCGGCUCGGCGGAGCAGGGCCGCGGUGGCGGCGGGGCCAGGGGUGGGGCGGUGUGUGGCCGGCGGCGCGCCCGAGAGGAGGAGGGGCCUGACCUAGAGCAUGAGGGCCCGGAGCAGGAGAGGCAGGCGGGUCACAGCGAUGGCAGCGGAGGCGGCGGGGGUCGUCGACAGCGGCGGCGGCGUGAGCAGCAGCAGCAGCAGCAGCAGCAGCAGCAGGAGGGGGCCCACCAGGAUCCUGCAGCAAGGCAGGCAGCAGGGUGCGAUGAUGAUGACGUGGUGGGGGUCGGGGUGGGGGAGGCAGAGGAAGAGGCCAGAAGCCGCGCCCACGGAGGCGGCUGCGGCGGCGGCGGCGGGAUAUUCCGCGUGCCUGAUGGUGGGGGUGACGGGUGA